UUUGUAAACCUUGAUCAACUUGUGACAAAAUCUUCCAUUUGAGUGGGAAGACAUCAGUUGUGCAAGAGAAGGGCGCUGUACCACAAUGAUCGGAAGACUGGCUGCUUUGAUUCUUCUCUGUACAAUGUCUCAAACCAUAGACCUUCCUCCCCAGAUGCCUUUGACUGUGGCUGAACUUGGUGAUAAUUUGAAUCUGACAUGUUCAAUCUCUGGAAGUGAAGCAGCCGGGUUGAUUUACUGGUAUAAAGUGAAGUUUGGAUAUAUGAUCCAAACUGUUGCAGGAGGAACUACUUACUCAGUGUCACUUGAAGGACAAUUUGUCAACCCAAGAUUUUCAAUCACACCAGGGGUGGAUUUAUAUUUUCUUAACAUUAAAAAUGUUAGCAAAGAAGAUGAAGCAACAUACAUCUGUCAAGUAGGAUCAGCAUACAAAAUGAGAUUUAUGAAUGGCACAUUAUUGGCUGUGAAUGAACAUAAAAACCAUCAGAAAUCUUUGAUCGUGAAGCAACAUCCAGAGAGAGCAUUAGUCCAGCCGGAAGACUCAGUGACUCUCCAGUGUUCACUUCUCCCCAAGAACAAAGAAAACAGAGUCCAGUGUCCAGGUGAACACAAUGUGUACUGGUUCAGAGCUGGAUCAGGACAAUCUCAUCCAGACGUUAUUUACACUCACAGGAACAGCAGUGAUGAACAAGAGGAAAGAAGCUGUGUCUAUAGUCUGUCCAAAACCAUAAGAAACUCCUCUGAUACUGGGACUUACUACUGUGCUGUGGUCUCAUGUGGAGAGAUCCUGUUUGGUGAAGGAACUACAGUGGAAACAAGACAAGAAGUGUCAUUUCUCAUUGUGCUUGGGACACUGCUGGCCUGCUGUGUGAUUGUGAUUGUUGCUCUAAUUGUCUCCAGAAAUAAAAAAACAGUCUGUGAACAUUGCAAAGGUAGGAGGAGUAGCUGCUUACAAUCACGCUGAACGUGACAGAUCAUCUGAGGAUCAAUCAAGUAAUGUGGAUAGUGGAGCACUGGAAGUGAACUACGUAGUGCUGGAUUUCCCCUCAAGAAAGAGAGAGAGAUGGCUGAAUACCAGUGAUUUAUCACAUGACUGCAUUUACUCUGGCAUGGGAGACUUUCAAUGAAGGACCAUCCCCAUGAAGAAUGAACAUCUAAUAUGUACAGAUAAUUUUCAUGAAAGGAGCUGACAGAUUUUUUCAGGAAUGUUAUGUUAUAGCAAUAUCGGAAAGAAAGGAUUUAGACAGCACUUUUUGUUUUAUGAUAUAUAUAUAUAUUGAACCAAGAUUAAAUAUGUUAUUAACUUUUAUUAUUGUUUUAUUAUUAUUAGUGUGUCAAACCGAUCUUGAAUAAUAACUCAAAUCUGAAUAUGAAUGUAAGAAAUGUGUAUAUUCCCAUUAAAGAGAGAAUCCAUGUUCUA